AUGGCAUCUGCUUUUGAAGACGUUCAUCUGGAGGGGCUCGCCAGUGCAAUAGUUUCAACGUUUCAUGCUCAGCUAACAGGCUCUUCAGACAAAGAUGUUCAGUUGUCGCUAUCCGAGCAUCCAAAUAUGAAGCUGUUAUUGGAUCACCUACCUGCCGAAGUAGUAAAUAACCUACUUACAUUCCAACAGAAAGGCGUAAGUAUUGGCAUCUCUCGCCAGGGUCGCAUUUUGUUAGCUGACGAUAUGGGCCUUGGAAAAACUAUUCAAGCCAUCUGUAUUGCAGCUGCCUUUCCUCAUGAUUUUCCACUUCUAAUAAUUUGCCCUUCAUCCGUGCGCUUCACCUGGCUUCAUCAACUCGCCCGGUGGCUUACUCCUAAUUUAAACGACCCCAGUAAUACCGGAUUUACACGCAGCCCAGACAAUAAUAGCAGUACUCAUAGACUCGAGCACACCUGGCUUCGUCUACCGGAUAACUUGGCACCCGAGAUCCGGGUCGUGUGUUCGGCUCGAGAUCUAAAUGAACCAUCUGGUAGCAGUUUAGGUCAAAGUCGGUUUAAUUUAUCAGGAUCUGGCCCUAAAACGGCCAUUACUAUUAUCAGCUACGAUCUUCUCGCUAGGUUAGCUGGACAGCUGGCUGUGAUGCAGUUUGGUUCGAUCAUAGCAGUGAGUAGUGCUGUAUGGUUUAUUAACCACCAUCUAUUGAACCUUAGUUUUUUAUUUAUUUUAUCUAGCUACUUGCUUAUUUAA